AUGCCACCUCGACUCGUUGGUCGUGGCCGCGGCCACGGUCGUGGUCACGGCACCCAGCCUGACCCUACUUCCCUUCGAAACCAUUCCUCCAUUUCCUUGCUGCUCCCUUUCGUCCCGAUGACCAGCAGCUAUGAUGCAUAUGGGUCCGCCUAUCGACACUCUCCAGGACCACCAAUCGAGGCGGUCAGCUACUCUGCCAUCUCAGAACCAUCUCCAUCCUGUAUUCCAACCCUCCACUGUCCCGAGCAGCCAGCCUCAUUUCGGCUUCAUGGACGUCACAAACCGGCACAUCCACCGAAAACACUGAAGCCGACGAUCCUUACCCCCGGCGACGUGCAAAGCGUGGAAGAUCAGGACGUCAUCACAACGGCACGAAAACUCAUAGUCAUAGACAUGAUCACGGUUCACGGUUGGUUGACCAAAGUCAACAAAGCCGUCCUUCAAAGCGCGAUAAGAGAAUGCAUUAAUCAAGGUAAUGCGAAACAUAACCGCACCUUAGAAGCGACAGGAGACGUCAUAUCGUUGGUGAGCCAGGAGCUCUCCACUGUACGUGGGCGACUGGCCACGAUCUCGGAAGCCCAUACGCAUCAUUAUGCGUUGCGGCCAGAGGUCUCCAUAUCGGACGAGGACGAUCAACGCUACAUGGAGCAUCGCCGGAGCAUUUUGUACGACACGAGCCAGGCCAACUAUCCUAAUUAUUUCCUCCACUAUUGCAACCCUAAAAUUGGUGAACUCGUACUCUUCGGGCACCCCGCAAUAAGAGGUACCCACCUUGUUGGGUGGUAUGACAACCCGCUAUCACCUAUCUACGAUGAAUCGUACAGGCGUAAAAUCACUAUGACGCCUGAACGCAUGCUUACGCUGUCGGCAGCAUCGAUACACUGUGGAAUAGACCGUCAUGUUGAAGGUUGCCUGUUGCGUUUGGGGAGUGUAUUAUCUUUCGAAGGUAGUGCGUACGCGUGCGUCGAGCAGGGCAUCUAUGAUGUGUUCAUGGCUGCAAAGAGGAUGCACCCCGAAAUGAUGGAAAAAUUUAUGUACAAUCUUCACCAAGAAGGAUUGGCAAAGAUGCGCAAGCGCCUGGGCAUUUCAUCGCCGACCAAGGGUCUAAAUAUCUACAUCCCGUCAGCGGAUGACCUUUCAGCGGACCGCAAUUCCUUGCGCUUGGAGGAAGCGCCAUCUCCAGGGCCUUCGAAUUAUUUGCAUUUGGAGGUGCUGUCUGCAGGGCCUUCGACUUCAAGUUACCCGCAUUUCGACCAACCACCACCAUCACCAUUCCCGCAGAUGGGACAUUUGGAAGCUCCAUACCCUGAUAUGCCAGGGAGGUAUUCACCUACUGCGCACUUCCCCCGUUGUGUUACAAUAGCUUGGACCCUUGCCAACAGCCUCCAGUCGAAGAUGAGGUGCUGGUGGACCCCUACUACUACCCACAGGAUCAAGGUACUCAACCAUCGUACCCGCAGCCUCCUAUGCCGGGGGGGGUAUAGUACUACUAGUACAGGGGAGGAUGCGCUGGAAGGGUUCGGCGAAUUCGAGAACUUUGCACCUGGCAGUUGGAAUGCUUCAUAUUACUAG